AUGUUUACCGCUGUGUUCAGCUUUGAAAUCAGCUUGCGUAUUGUGGCGGAAGAGGCGAACUUCUUCCGGUGCUCCAACAGGUGCUUCGGCUGGAACAUGUUUGACACCUGCAUUGUAGCUUCCUCGUUGGUUGAGGAGGUCGCGCAGCUCUUCUCGUCCACCAGGCGAUCGAACAUAUCCUCCCUGCGUGUUGUGCGAGUCCUCCGUCUCGUCAGAGCGUUGCGAAUCAUCAGAAUGCUGCGGUUCUUUCGCGAGCUGCGGAUCAUGGUAUCUGGGAUAAUCAAUUGUGGCAAGUCUGUUUUGUGGGCGUCUCUGCUGAUCGUGAUCAUGACCUACACUUUCGCUGUGGUGUUCCUUCAGAUCACGGCCUCGUGGCUCGAGGAGGAGAACCUGGUCGCAGUGGACUGCGAGCAGACCGUCGGGGGAGCCUGCCACAUCCGGUCGACGUUCUCGUCUUUGCUCUGGGGCAUGUACACGCUCUUCAAGGCGAUGUCUGGUGGGUCCUCCUGGGGGGAGGUCUCCGAUCCGCUCUCGAAGAUCCACCCUGUCGUCACGCUGACCUUCUGCGUGUACAUCAUGCUAGCGGUGUUCGUUGUCUUGAACUGGCGGAUCACCGCUAUUUUCGUGGACGCAGCGGCUCGGGUGUCAGACGACGAGGCGACGAAGAUAAUGGAGAAUAUUCAAAGGAAGUCCGUCUGGAUCCGGAACGCGAAGGAGAGCUGUUCAAGGUCUUGGAUACCCGACAGGAGGGCUGGCUGGAGUGGAAGGACAUCAACAGGCUCGUGA